CACGGCUGUGGCGAUCCGCUUGAGUACCUGAAGUGGCAGACCUGGCCGCAGUGUUCGUUUGACAGACAACCAUUCAGCCUCGCGCUCUAGUUCUUCACAAUCUCGAAACAACCCCACGACAAGCACUUGCUGGCUUCUUUGUAAACGAACAAUACAACAUGAACAGGAUUUUUGGAACGUCGUCGAACAAGAAGCCCAGGCCGUCAUUGCAGGAUGCAAUCACUUCGACAGAUUCAAGAAUUGCCUCCAUUGAAGUUAAGAUUAAGAAGUUGGAUGGGGAACUGGGGAGAUACAAGGAACAGAUGAGCAAGCUGCGUAAUGGCCCGGGCAAGAAUGCUAUACAAGAACGUGCUUUGCGUACCUUAAAGCAAAAGCGAAUGUACGAAUCCCAACUGGCGCAGCUCACACAGCAAACGUUUAACAUGGAAUCUGCUGCGAUUGCCACGGAGAACCUACGAAACACGAUGGCGACUGUCGACGCGAUGAAGCAAGCCAACAAAGAGUUGAGAACACAGUACGGAAAGUUCGACGUAGACAAGAUCGAGAAUAUGCACUAUGACAUGGAAGAUUUGCUGGAGCAGGCAAAUGAGAUACAAGAGACAUUAGGAAGGUCUUAUGCUGUUCCAGAUGAGAUUGACGAGGCCGAUCUUCAAGCCGAGCUGGAUGCUUUGGAGCUGGAACAAGAAGAUGAAGGCACAUCAUAUCUUGCAGACUUGAACAAGGCACCGGACUUCAUCGACGAACCACCGGUGGAAGUGAGCGAGACGGAGGCCAAGGAGGCGGUCAAGACAACUGCUUAACAGUGUACGGAAGUCCUCGCCGGGCAUUACAUCGCCCUGGGUUCAUUGAGUUGUAUCGUUCCUAUGUAUCCUGGAUUAGCUGGGGAGUGGCUUGUACUCUUGAUAUCACAGUGUUUGCCUCACUCCAAAGCUACAACCUUCACUCCCUGGACGUAAUCUCCACGGCCAGCAGGCCGACACCUAUCACAACGGCCAGCAU